CUAAACCAAUACCUCCCCCUUAAUCUCUUCAUCAUAAAUCCCAACCCCAAAAAGAAAGCAAAUCUGCUAACUUUAGAUAUUGAGGAAAUUUCAAAGUCAGUUUUAUUUGUUUCCUGUUUUUGUGUUCCUCUUUUGCUUGAUGGUAGGAUCUCUAGUUAACAAGACUACUGUUAAAUCUCCCAAACUCUCAUCUUCUCUGGGAAUAGUAUCAAGCUUUCUGCUUGAUUCUCUUCCUCCUCCUUCUCUUAGCAUCUGAAGCUUUCUUUCAAGAUUUUCAUGAGAUGGAACAGUUCAAAGAGAGGAAGUUUGUUUGCAAGUUCUGUAGCAAGAGGUUUGCUUGUGGGAAAUCACUUGGAGGUCACAUCAGAACUCACAUGACCGAGAACUCAGUUGAUUCUGAUGAUGAGGAUGAUGAGUCUAAUAAGCUCAAGAUGGUUGAUGAUAAUGGUGGUCAAUCUAGUUACGGUCUCAGAGAGAAUCCUAAAAAGAACAAGAGGUUUGUGGAUCACAGACAGAUCAUGGCUCUGAAACAUCAUCAUCAUCAUCAUCAGCAGCAGCAGCAGCAGCAGCAACCCCACCAGCUUCUUUGUUGCAGAGAAUGUGGUAAAGGUUUUGUUUCUUCUAAAGCUCUUUGUGGUCACAUGGCUUGUCACUCUGAGAGAGAGAAGAUUGUCAUGGACAGUCAAUCUGAUACUGAGGCUUCUUCCUCUCCUAUCAGAAGAAGAUCCAAGAGAGUUGUUGUGAAACAUCACCACCACAAAGCUGCUUUUGUUGUUGGUGAUGAUAAUGGUAUCAUGAAGCAAUUCAACUCAGCAUAUUCUGAUGCUUCUGAGAUUGAGCCUGAGCAGAAGGAAAUGGCAUUGUCCCUGAUGAUGCUGUCGAUGGAUUCUGGUUUCAAGAAAGGGCAUAACUUGGUGGUGAACUCUUUCGCUGAGUCAUCUGACAACAACUCUGUGAUUCUUGAGACUAAUAAGUCAUCUUCAGGAGAACUGCUUAAGAUGUUCAAUGUGAACAAUGUUGAAGCGUUCUGUAAGAAGAACAAACUUGGUGUGGAUAACAAGACGAGAUCUGGUGAGGAUAAUGGUGGUUUUGCUUGUGGGAAAUCACUUGGAGGUCACAUCAGAACUCACAUGACCGAGAACUCAGUUGAUUCUGAUGAUGAGGAUGAUGAGUCUAAUAAGCUCAAGAUGGUUGAUGAUAAUGGUGGUCAAUCUAGUUACGGUCUCAGAGAGAAUCCUAAAAAGAACAAGAGGUUUGUGGAUCACAGACAGAUCAUGGCUCUGAAACAUCAUCAUCAUCAUCAUCAGCAGCAGCAGCAGCAGCAGCAACCCCACCAGCUUCUUUGUUGCAGAGAAUGUGGUAAAGGUUUUGUUUCUUCUAAAGCUCUUUGUGGUCACAUGGCUUGUCACUCUGAGAGAGAGAAGAUUGUCAUGGACAGUCAAUCUGAUACUGAGGCUUCUUCCUCUCCUAUCAGAAGAAGAUCCAAGAGAGUUGUUGUGAAACAUCACCACCACAAAGCUGCUUUUGUUGUUGGUGAUGAUAAUGGUAUCAUGAAGCAAUUCAACUCAGCAUAUUCUGAUGCUUCUGAGAUUGAGCCUGAGCAGAAGGAAAUGGCAUUGUCCCUGAUGAUGCUGUCGAUGGAUUCUGGUUUCAAGAAAGGGCAUAACUUGGUGGUGAACUCUUUCGCUGAGUCAUCUGACAACAACUCUGUGAUUCUUGAGACUAAUAAGUCAUCUUCAGGAGAACUGCUUAAGAUGUUCAAUGUGAACAAUGUUGAAGCGUUCUGUAAGAAGAACAAACUUGGUGUGGAUAACAAGACGAGAUCUGGUGAGGAUAAUGGUGGUGUUCUUUAUGAUUCAGAUAAUUCUGAUUCUGGCUACUUCAGGAAUGGACCAAAGAAGUUGUACUCAGAUGUUUCUGUUGAUGGUGGGUUUGAUAACAAGGCUGUAAUGGGAUCUGGAUCCGGAUUCAACAGCUCCCCAACAAAACAGGACAAGGACAUGAACAGAUUCAGAAAGGAAUGGUAUAAGGAAGGAGGGUCAGGGUCAGGAGGAUCAGGAUCAGGUCGUUCUUCUACAAAGUAUGAUCUGAGGAAAAGCAAACGAGGCUUUCCUUCUUAUGGCCGUAAGAAAAUCAAGUACGAGUUCAGCGAAUCUGUCUAUGACAGUGGUGAGCACAGCUUGGAUACUGAUUCAUGUGCGGACACAAACCGAACUAUCAAGAUUCAUCAUAGUAAGUCCCCAAUGGUUAAGAAAGCAAGUGGUACUGUAAAGAAGAAAAGCAAAGGUCACGAGUGUCCGAUUUGCUUCAGGGUGUUUAAAUCGGGACAAGCUUUAGGUGGUCACAAGAGAUCACAUUUCAUCGGGAAUCAAGAACACAGGACUUUGGUGAUUCAACACCAAGUAGCUCAUGAGAUGCAUACACUCAUCGAUCUCAAUCUUCCUGCUCCUAUUGAUGAAUGAUUGAUUUUUGCUCUC